AUGGCGGUGCAAUAUCUCACUGACAGAUCUAACAGCAGUUUUAAGGACUCAGAUCCGGUCGUGGAAUCGGUGCAGUGUUAUUCGGGAUACUGUUUUCACAGUGGAACGUGCACUAACUCGCCUAAUGCGACGUGUACGUGUACGGUCGGAUUUGUUGGGGGGCGAUGUAAAAAAAACGGUAUGAAAGCCUUCCGAAAUGAGUUAAACAAUACGUGGGGGUAUAACAACACAAAGGCAAGUGAAUAUGUCGGGAAAGUGAAGCAAAUUCUACAGGAGCAUAUCUUUCACCAGUAUGAGCUUAUAAAAACUGUGAACUAUACAAAUGAGGUCUUGGAUAUAAUUGCCACUGAAAUGAGGAACCAAACAAGAAAGAAAUACGCCAUGAAAAAUGCUGACUUUCUACCGUUAACAGAGGAUUAUGUAGAGAUUCUUACAACAAUCGUCACGAUAUUGAACGACAAAGGAUGUGGUGUGGGCCAAACAGUCAACUGCAGUGUGAAUGCCACUUUGCUGAAGUAUGCAUUUCAGUAUUCUACCCUCCUAUCGUACGCCGAGGAUAAUUUAGUGCAAAUAACAAGUAUAAUGGGGAUGACCAGAGUUGAAGAAGGAGAAAUGACAACGAUAGAAAAAGAUGGAAUUAUCUCCUUCACGAUCCUCAAGUCCAAAGGGAAAGAUCUCCCAUUUGUAUUCCAAGCUGCAUAUGGAUCUGUCACGCUGCCUUACUGGGAGACAUUCCAAGACACCAUAGGCGGAAGGACAAUCGUUCUUAGUGUGCUGACAUAUCACAAAAGCCCGUAUGGAUUUGUAGAUAAUUUGGAUGCUGUAGCCUCUGGAGUAAUAAAAGUAGUCACGACAGACAAGAAUGGAAAAAUCCUUAACCUCCGAGAUCGGGACGAUCCUGUCGAUAUGACAGUAGACAUGACACAGGUGUUCUCUGCAACUCACACCUGGAGUGAUAUGGAAAGGUUGGCUGAUGGCCGAUCUACGUGUGUAGCUUUUCGGAACGAAACAUAUUCAGCUUUUGUUCUGGAGCUGAAAAUUAAUUCCUUUUCAAAAUGUACUAUGUAUGGUAUCUAUGGAACCACAGGAUAUCCCACCAGUAGCAAACGUGACAUUUUGGUCAAAACCAAGGGAAUGAACCUUAUUCUUGAUUCGAAACCAUAUGGACUACCGGUUACUUUUGAUAACCAGCUGCUUCAGAUCACUAUUUAUAAUACAAAUUAUUGGAAGGGUGGUCAUAUGGACCCUCUUGCAAUUACUCUACGAUGUGAAGAUGAUGUAGCAAAACGAAAGAAAAGACAAGCUUUUUCAAAUGUCCAUCAGUUCCGUGUGCAGGAAAUAACUUUGUCACAACUAGGUAGUACAACAUGGGCGGAUUCCAACUCAGCAGAGAUUGACAAGGCAGAGGGUAACAAUAUUAAAUUCAAGAGCACUUUUUUCGGAACCUUUGCAUCCAAUACACUGUUUAUUCCGCCAGCGACGAUUGACUUUGAGGCCAUCUUUACAAACUUUCUGGAGCGCCUUAGGUUAACACCUCAUGUGCUCAUAAUUUUUGUGAUCUUAUUUGUGUUGAUUGUAAUUUUGACUAUAUUUCUAAGACGAAUGGACAUAAGUGAUCAUUUAAUCUGGGAUUACUUGCCAUUGGCUGACAAUAAGCGACAAGACUCCUAUAAAUACACAAUUUCUGUGUUUACCGCCAUCAGAUCAUCACGACUACUGACAUCAACCCCUUACUUUGUUCUCGAGGGAUCGAAGGGAUCCACUGGAGACCGUAUUCUAUUUGACGGACAACGUCAGAACUUCAGCGCAGGAACCUGCAGUAACUUUUUUAUGUCAACGGAGAAUGAAUUAGGUAAACUCAAAAGAUUAACAAUGUGGACUGACAAUAAAGGAAGGUCCCCGGAUUGGAUGUUAUCAAAAGUUGUCAUUAUAGAUCUAUCUACCAAAGAGAGCUAUACAUUCCUUUGUGGCGAAUGGAUAUCACAGCAAUAUGGAAAUUGUGACACAUGGGUUGUUCUAGAACCUCUUUCAAAGGGUCUUCUUGUUAGGGAAACCAUUUUCACAGAAACAGCAAGAAAGGGAUUCUUUGAUGAUCACCUCUGGUUUUCGAUCUCAAAACGCCCACAUUACAGUCAAUUUACCAGAGUUCAAAGACUUUGGACUCUAAUGGCUCUUCUAUUCCUCUCAAUGGUAGCGUCUGCGAUGUGGUUCAAUCAAGAACCAUCAAAGGAAGACCAAGAUCCUGAUACAGUCAGUGCUAUUAGAACUGUUCAGUUGGGGCCGUUUAAAUUAAGCUACAAACAGCUGUAUGUAGGGUUCAUGUCAUCUCUGAUUACCUUUGUCCCAUCUAUAAUUAUUGUUGCCAUCUUUAAAAACAGAAAGAUAAAACAAGAAAAUACAAGCUAUUCCGAUUCUCAAAAAGAAUCAGAAAUAGUAUCUAUUGAGAACAAAAAACGGAGACUCGUACUUCCUUGGCAGAGUGUAUAUUUUGCAUAUGCUCUAAUCGGCCUCUGCAUAACUACUGGAGGAACAUUUACAUUUCUUUACUCGUUAGAGUUUGGAACUGACAAAACAAAUGAUUGGCUAAUGUCAUUUGUGUUUGGAACAGUCUUAGGCGUCCUCAUCCUGGAACCAGUGAAGGUUCUACUUUUUGCAAUUCUGAUUGCAUGCUGCCUGCAAAGAUCAAAGGAAACGCUAUCAGAUGUGGGAAAUCCAUAUCAAAAUGUAAAAGAGGAUGAUGUAGAUGGAGAAUGCGACGACGUGGUAGAGGCAAAAAUCAUUUACCAUCCUUGUCCAAUCGCAAAGGCAAAUACCAGAAAAAGUCAGAUGAAAAAGAAGAGAUUCAAAUUAGACAAUGAAUUAGCAGAACACUUCAAGUCUUUUCUUCUGUGUAUAUUUUACAUAUUCAUCCUCGCUAUGAUCUGCUCACACAUCACCACUACGACGGCUUUCCGCCAGAACGAGGCAAUGAGCAUUUCCAUUAACAACAGUUUUGUGGUAAACACAACAGAUGACAUCUGGACCUGGUUAAUUGAUUAUUAUAUUAAUGCAACUUGGACCAAAUAUUUCGUUAAUGACGAUCUGAGGACAGCGUAUGAACAGAGGUUUACUUAUGAUGGAUACAAUUAUAGAAUGUCAUUGAUCCAACUUAGACAAGUUCGUUCUUAUGGGAACUGCAGUGGACCAAAGGUUGUACAGAAUGUUGUAACAAGGUGCACAAAUGAUUAUGAUAUCGAAACAGAAUCCACUGAAAAUUUUUGUCCAGGUUGGGAGAAAUUCAACUCUUCUUGUUUUGAUGAAAAUGAAAUAAUUGACUAUAGCUUUCAGUAUAAAUCUUCUAAGGAACUGAAAUCUUUUUCGUACUUGGGAAAAUAUGCGUAUUACGGCGGUGGUGGAUAUCGAAUGCAACUGGGUCCCAAGCAAUCCCUGGUCAUCAACCAUGUCAAUCAACUCAGAUCUAAAACGUGGAUAGAUGGAAAUACCCGCGCAAUAUUCGUAGAUUCAAACACGUUCAAUGCCAACAGCCGACUAUUUACUCAUUUGAAAGUCGUUUUUGAGAUCUCUGAGUAUGGAGCCAUUACCAUGACAACAAUAUCUAAGUCCUCCAAUUUAUAUCCGUACGUGUAUGCAUUGGAUUACAUCAUUCUUUGUCUCCAGAUAAUCUUUGUGAUAAUAAUCGUGGUUAAGAUGAUUCUGUUUGGGAUAAACGUAUUCAAAUUAAAGCGAAAGUGUUUUGUUACCUUUGGUAUGUGGAUAACAUUAGCAGAAAUAGUGUUGGCUCUAUUGGCCAUUGUGUUCUUUAUCAUUCGAAUCGACAAGACUAUCAAAGCAGUAGAUGACAUAAAUGAUAGCAAUGGAGCUUUUGUGUCGUUUGAAGAAGUAGAAUUAUACGACGAAAUUUACCGUUUAUGUAUAGCUGGUGUAUUUUUCAUAGUGAUCCUUCGUUUAUUACAGCCUUUAUCUUUCAACUAUCAUCUGUUUGUCUUGGAAAAAUCUCUUUCAAAAGCCAGAACAGAUCUAAUUUCUUAUAGUAUAUUGCUUUCAAUUUCUUUGACGGCCUUUGCUUCGUAUCUUUAUUUAACUUUAGGCAGGUAUGUUUUUGAUUUCAAAAGCAUGGAUUCCGCGUUAGGAACUUUGCUUCAGAUGCUAUUGUCUAUGAUAUCCUUUCGUUUUAACGUGGACAUGUCUUCUAUGCAAGCACAAGUUGUUGUCAGUUUGUUUGCCUUCACGGUGUCAAUCAUUGGAAUCAAUAUUUUUAUCGGAAUACUUACAUGGAACUUCUAUUACAUUAAACUCUUACAAACGGAUAAGGAAGCGACACAAAACGUACUUUUUAACCAAGAACUCAACGACCAUUUCUGGUGGAGAGUUGAUCAAGUAUUACGUCGACUGAUUUUUAGAAGAACACCAAAGAGUAAGAACAAUGAUGCUCUGUAUAAGAAAGUAGAAAAGAAGAUUGAUUGUAUAGAUCAAAAGUUUAAUGAUAUCACAAAGGAAGAAAUCGAGUGGACAUUUUCUACGACAGCAAUGAUGUUCAUCUGCAAGAAAGAUCACAGGAGAAAUUUGCUGGGAUGCUGUAUAACCGCACACAACAACGACAUUCAGUAUAGAUUUUUUGACCAAAUGACAAAAUCGACUAAGGUAGUUCUUACCCUCCCAUACUUGAGACCCGGGGAUGCCCCAGAGAUCAUUUGUUACGAAGUUCCGCUCUCUCUAUUUAUCCUUAGUGGCUUCAAAAUCCCACACAGCUGUUCUGCAAAGACUGAUAUGUUUGAAUUCAUUAUAAAUGGCGAUUUACAAACAGCUAAGUGUGGUUCCAGAAUAACAUUUAAAGAUGGUAGCAUACUGGCUGAAGAUAUCGUUCAUUGUAGCUAUGACAACAUGAGAACAUGGCAGACGAAGCUCUUACGUGAGGAAGAGUCAUUAGGAGUGUAUUGCUGCAAGUUCCAUUCUGUUCCCUCUCAUUGCUUUGUGGUGCAUCGACAGGAAUCUAUUAAACUCGAUAUUGGAGAACUGCAUAAAUUUCCUGAUCUAGAACGCCAUCGUCUUCUUAAAUCUGAUCAGUGCAUUCGACUUCGGUCAGAUAAACGAAUAGGCAUUGCUAUAUCAGCAAAUGCUGUACAGGAAAAUGGGGAUAUUAUUAUUAUGGUGGAGAAGCCGUUUGCAGCCUUGUGUCCAAUAUUACAGCUCUAUUCUACAAGAAAAAUUAAUGGCACUAUAGAUAUUUGUUUGCCAUUGAAACACCAACCCACGUCAAACAUUUUUAAUGGGGUAACACGUGAGUUCUGGGUGUUAAUUCGUGAGAAGAAUGCUACUUGGAAAAAGACUGAAUGUCAAGUGGAACUGGACUUUGAUCGAAUAGUAGUGUGCCUUCGCCUAAUCAACAUGAAGACACCCACUGCAAUAUGUGUGAAGGAAGUUUUGCUACCCUGGGGACAACUUCAAUCUGCGACACAAGAUUGGAAAUUUGUGAGAGAAAUAAACCAGUUGAGCCAAAAUGCAGCGGUUCAGAAACACUGGCGGGAUUUAGCAGAGAAAUGCAAAGUGACCUUCACCUCCAAGUUUGAAGACCAUCAUAUUCCCUAUUUUAUUUCUGUUGAGAACCGGAAGUAUGUUUUCAACAUGGACAGGUGCUUGUUCAGGCGAAUCACCGCGGUCCCCAUAUCCGAUCAAGAAAAAUUCCUGACCAUCUUGUCCACGUGGCUGAAAGGAUUAAAGUCCAAGACCGGCGUGACCUCAUUGAUUCCGUUGCUGAGAGAAUAUAAUCUGCCUUACUUACCGGAUUUGUAG